ACCGGACCGGGCGGGAGCGACCGGACGCGGGUGUAUGCGGCUGCCCGGGACGGAGGCCGGACGCGCCAGGGAGAGGGGCGCUGACGGCUGACAAGAGAGCUGCCCCCCCAAAGCAGCAUGGACGCCCCCCGAAGGGACAUGGAGUUGCUCAGCAACAGCCUGGCAGCCUACGCACACAUCCGCGCUAACCCCGAAAGCUUUGGCCUCUACUUCGUGCUGGGCGUCUGCUUCGGCCUGCUGCUGACCCUGUGCCUCCUAGUCAUCAGCAUCUCCUGUGCCCCCCGCCCGCGGCCCCGCGGCCCCCCUCCCCACCGGGAUCCUCGCAGCAGCACCCUGGACCCCGAGGAAGAGGACGACGAUGAAGAUGAGGAGGAUACGAUGACGCGGCUGGGCCCCGACGACACGCUGCCGGGAGCCGAGCUGUCUCCGGAACCCGAUGGCCCCCUCAGCGUCAACGUCUUCACGUCGGCUGAGGAGCUGGAGCGGGCACAGCGGCUGGAGGAGCGGGAGCGGAUCCUGCGGGAGAUCUGGCGCACUGGGCAGCCGGACCUGCUGGGCACAGGAACACUGGGGCCCGGCCCCACGGCCACGGGUACCCUGGGCCGCAUGCACUAUUACUGACCAGCGACCCGGCUGCAAGGCGCUCUGAGGACUGGACUGCAAAGGAGCUCUGUGCCUCCCCAGGACCUUGGGACUGCCCCCACCCACAGGUCUAUGGAGGCCCCGCCCCCAGGGCUCCCUGGUGCUAUUGGGCAUGGAUCCCCCACCCUCUGGAAGGCACCCUUCCCCAGAUUUGCCAGAAGGCCAGGGGGGAGGGCAGGAGGCGGAGUCCCCACCCCACCGGGGGACAAUGAAGAAAUGACCAAAGAAA